AUGUUAUUGUUCUCGUUCAUCCUAGUUUUCAUUUGGAUAUUAAAUUUAGUAGAACCGAAACAAUACGAUAUAAAAGGUUUGAUUGAAAAAUAUUUAGAUGACAAUAAUUAUCCGAUUUCAAAUUUAGAAGAAGAAUCUUUCCCUGCUAUGCAGCAAGUUAUGAUUUAUCCUGAUAGUUAUCCAAUAAAAAUAAUUAUUCUGUCACCUGUUAAGUUUUCACAGCAGCCGUGUUCGAAUUUGAAUUUCAAAACAGGCCAAAUUGGUAGACGAACAUUAAUAAAACCGCAAACACAAAAGGAAAUAAUGAGAAAAACAUCUGACAAAACAUUAAUGCAAUUUUUUGAAAAAGCUGGACUUUCCUUGCCAGCAUUACCACUUAUACCACCGACAUCACCACUAAGGAAAAAACGAAAGCUGAAAAUGAAUAAAAAAAAAUCUAAAAAUAGAUACGAGAAUAAAAAUAUUGAACACGAUAAUGAUAACGAUGAUACUAAUGAUAAAUCUAAUGAUAAAUACACAGAAGAUAAUACACAAACAUUUAGAAAAGAAUCUCAAGCUGGAUUGCUUUCUGAUAAUAUAAAUUCUGAUGAAGAUGAAUCAACUUCAUCGUAUGAAUCUAAUAAUGAAAAUUAUAAUUAUAAUUUUAAUGUACUUAGUCCCCGACGAAAUAGAAAUAUAAAAGUACAAAGGAAAAAAUUAAAUAAACCAUAUGAUUUACACAGCAGUUUAUCAUUUUAA